UUCACUUGUAAUCUUUUCCUUUAUCCCCUUUCCUUUCAACUCUGCAAAUUUUCAAUCCAGAACACCCCUCAAUUUCCCCUUCCAAGUCCUCACAAAUCUCAUCCAAUUAACCCCCAGUUCCCUUCUAGGUUUUCUUUUCCUUCAAUUUCUUACAAUUUCACUUUCAAUUCCCAUGAAAUGAUCCAAAAUUCUCACGACAACGAUUCUUCCUCCAAAUCAGUAAACGAAACGGUAAAUGGGUCUCACCAUUUUACCAUCAGGGGUUAUUCUCUGGCCAAAGGAAUGGGUCCUGGUAAAUAUAUAUCAAGCGACAUUUUUACCGUGGGUGGUUAUGAUUGGGCCAUUUAUUUUUACCCUGAUGGUAAAAACAUAGAGGAUUCUUCUGUUUAUGUUUCUGUUUUUAUUGCAUUGGCUAGCGAAGGCACUGAUGUUAGGGCCUUGUUUGAGUUGACGUUAUUGGAUCAAAGUGGUAAAGGGAAACAUAAAGUUCAUAGCCAUUUUGAUCGGGCAUUGGAAAGCGGGCCUUAUACUUUGAAAUAUAGAGGGAGCAUGUGGGGUUACAAACGAUUUUUCAAAAGAAUAAAUUUAGAAACUUCUGACUACCUGAAGGAUGAUUGCCUUGCCAUGCACUGUACCGUUGGAGUUGUCAGAAGUCGCGUUGAAGGGCCCAAAGAUUAUAGUGUUGUAGUUCCACCAUCAGACAUGGGCCAAAAUCUCAAAUACUUGUUGGAUGCUGAACUUGGUUGUGACAUAGUUUUCCAGGUUGGAGAAGAGACAUUUAAGGGUCAUAAGUUGAUACUUGCUGCUCGGUCUCCUGUGUUUAGAGCCCAAUUCUUUGGCCUUAUUGGGAAUCCUAAUACAGACAAAGUAGAACUUGAGGAUAUUGAACCCUCAAUCUUCAAGGCUAUGCUCCAGUACAUUUAUUCUGAUGAGCUUCCAGAUUUAGGUGAAAUUACUGGCUCUACUUCAACAUGCACUUCUACGAUAAUGAUGCAGCAUCUAUUGGCAGCAGCUGAUCGCUUUGGUUUAGAUAGGUUGAAAGAGUUAUGUGAGGUGAAAUUGUGUGAAGAAGUUAAUGUGGAUACAGUGGCAACAACUCUUUCCCUUGCUGAGCUGCAUUGUUGCCCACAGCUCAAGGCCAUCUGUUUGAAAUUUGCAGCAACAAACCUGGGAGGUGCGUGUACUCCAUAGAUGUGAGCGGUGAGUGGUUAUGCAGACAGAAGGAUUCAAGCACUUAGAAGAGAGUUGCCCCUCACUGUUGUCAGAGCUGCUGGAAACAGUUGCAUUAAUCGACCAGAAGGCAAGUUUGAUGUCUAGCAAGAAAAGGAGUAGCAGCAGCAUCUUCGGUCUGGAUCUGGCUGCAGAUGGUGUGGCAGUGGAAUCUGUUAAUCCUGUUGUUAGGCGGGCGAGAAGGCGGAUGUAACCUUAUAAUAUGGCCUUCGAAGUGGAAUGAAGUUUAGCUGGUUGAAAAUAUGAUACCGGAAAACCCAACUAAUGUGUAGUUAAUUUCUUGUUACCUGAUUUAGGAACAGUUCCAAUGAUCUGAAUGAUGAUAACUUGUAAUGUUAGCAUCAUUAUGUUCUGUAUCAUCUAUUAUUCCAGACAGCCUAAGGUAGGUUAGGUGGUCAAGUAAAGUUUACUGUUGUAUUUUUCACUGCUUGAGCUAACUUCAGCUUAUAUGAGAUGCAAUAUGAACGAAUAUGUAUAGAGUUCUCCCCUUAAAAUAUUAGUGUGUUGAUGUCCA